CUGGCUGUCGACAACGUCCCUGACCAAGGAGAGAAGAGCAGGCAAUCUGAGAACGAGGGAAAAAAAGGGCCACCGGCUGCAAAAUGAUGUCUCUCAAGGAGCUGUGUGCCCAUGAAAUACCAUCCGUUGCUGAAAUGCAGAACUUCCUGUUAGCUGACAGACGGCCCACUGGACAUGUCAACCAAGUGUGGCCUAAUGUGUACAUUGGCAAUGAGGUUGCGGCACGAGACAAGUCAAUGUUGUAUAAUAUGAGGAUCACACACAUUCUGAAUGCUGCUAGUGGACCCCUUCAUGUCAACACUGGAGCCCGCUUUUACAGAGACAUGGAUAUUGAUUACUAUGGAGUGGAGGCUGAUGAUUCCACAGAUUUCAUCAUAAGUGUGUUUUUCUAUCCCACAGCAAGGUUUAUACGAGCUGCGUUGUCAAAAAACGGAAGAGUAUGUGUCCAUUGUCUGAUGGGAGUGAGCCGCUCUGCCACCCUGGUGUUGGCCUUCCUCAUGAUCUAUGAGGAUCUUACUCUAAUGGAGGCCAUUAAAGCUGUACGGCAACACAGGGACAUCUGUCCUAAUCCUGGCUUUCUUAACCAGCUUCGACAUCUUGACAUGAGCCUCGUCCGAGAGAGGAAGAAAAAACUGGAAACUUACAAAUUGUAACUGAAAUCUUGGUAACAAUGUGAUGAAUCCCAUUUCAAGCGCACAUCCCUUAAGGUCCUCCUUCCCCGUGGCCUUGACCCAGUUCUAUUGGGCCAGAUCUUAUUUGCUAAUAUCCAUUGUAGUGCAAUGGCAAAGUGGGUAUCAGAAGGCAAAAUUUAAGGGUUUCCCCAUAAAUAGUGAAUAACUGCCAAAGGGCAGCAGGGUCGCAAAAUAAAUGGCAGGUUUUUCAAUUUCUUCCAGAUGAGUUAUACUUUGAACUUGUCUCAAAAUGAGCCAGCAAGCAUGUUUUUUGUGGGUUUUUUUUACUGGAGUGAAAUGAAACGUUGUGGCUUGCUCUUUAUCAUGGGAAGGUUGAGGAGCCAUGCAUGGCUAAAUGACUUAAGGGUCGGUCCCCUGUAGUGAGUUUCUAAUGGGUAUCAUAUGCUUCAACAUAUUUAUGGUUUCUGGUCAAAUCCACUGUGUUGUAAACCACAGAAUUUUUAUGAAAUUGAUGACAAAAAAACAAUGUGAUGAUAAAAGAAUUUAAAUUGAUCAGUCCAGUGGAACAGACCAAAAAUGUCACAUUGUUCA